AAAAGCAUCACUUUAGAAAACUCAUCGUAGUUCCAUACGUGAAAGUGGCAUCAAAGUACACACAUAAAAGUUAAACGCUUGACGAGAAAAUCCCAUUCGAAUCGAUUUUGCAAAACAAGUUUGUUUUGUUUGGCGACCCAGAGAGCGGUACUGAAAUCAACGGAAAACAUUUGUGUAAAGAACAAGGCAACAAACAAAAGAAAAUGUUGGCAAUUAAUGACAGAUUUGUGUUGACAGUGGCAUUAAGUGUAUUUGCAAUGCAAAUGACCAUGGCCCAAAGGCCUCCCUUUGCCGGCAGUCGCCCCCCAAAUGGCCUGAAUCAAAAGGAUAAAUACAACACCAAUUCUGUGUCAGCAACUCCCGAAAUUUCCAAUCGUUUUGGUGAUUCACCUGAACCCAUCAGCAAUACCAUACCCUAUGGCCAGCCUCAGAGACCUCCAGUGGGCCUUGUGGUGACCCCAAUAACACCAUAUGUACCAAUCCAGGCUCCCGCUAAUCCCCCCUCAGUUCCCAACACAAACGACAGUGGUGUCAAUUUUGUUGAUCGUUUUGGUGAUCCCGGCUCCAAUGUCAUAUCGACGGGAGCCACAGCCAGUGCAGGUGCCUCAACCAGUACCACAAGACCAGUUCACCCCCUGGAUGCCCAUGGCGACCAAGCCUUGAUCGAUAAACUCAGCAAACUGCCCCCAGAUCAACAGCCUUUCUGGUUUGUCAACUACCAAGCCAUUGAAGCCCAACGUAACGGCACGGUGUCAAAUGUUGGUGGCUCCUUCUCUUCGAGGGGAUCAUUUUUGGGUUGAAUGCAAUUUUAGAGAUUAAGUUUUUUUCCUCUACAAUAAGCAUUAAUAUAAACAAUUAUUCAUAUAAAAUAUUUAAUCAUUUUACAAAUGAACAAUAAACACUUAGUAUAAGACA